AUGUCGCAUUUGGAGUCCUUUGAGUCCUUUAGCCAUGCCGGAAAAGGAAAGGAGCACGAAGAAUCAUUUCCGCCGUCCACACCGUCCACCACAACAGCGCCUGACAGAGAUAUGCCUAAGGAUCUCCGGCCAGCGACACUUUCGCGAAGAGCUUCCGUCGUACCUGAAGCGGUUAUCGUCGAAACUGAAGCAGUUAGGGUUAAACGGCGAAAGCGACGAGGUCUCCUCGCCAAUCUCUCCUUGAUACCAGAGGUUGACGACCCCUACCAUUAUGCCCGCAAGACAAAAUGGCUUCUGACCAUCCUCGUGGCAUUUAUGGGAAUGGCUGGUCCUAUGGGAUCUACUAUCAUAGUCCCUGGGCUCAAGGACAUCGCAGAGGCCUUCGAUGCCUCCCAUACCAUUACGAACAUGAAUGCAGCCGUCUACAUGCUCUCCAUGGGAAUCUUUCCGCUGUUCUGGUCCAGCUUCUCAGAGACGAGCGGGAGAAGGACAAUAUAUAUCGUCUCCUUUGGCCUCUUUGUGCUCUUCGGAGCCUUGGCUGCUGUUUCAACGACUAUGGCUAUGCUGAUCGUCUUCCGAACGUUCUCGGGAGGAGCUGCAGCAUCCGUCCAAGCUGUCGGAGCAGGAACGAUUGCCGACAUAUGGGAGGUCAAGGAGCGGGGCCGAGCAAUGGGAAUAUUCUACUUGGGCCCCCUUUGUGGUCCACUCUUCGCACCAAUCCUUGGCGGAGUACUAGCAGAAGAACUCGGCUGGCGGAGUACACAAUGGUUCCUCGUAAUAUACGGCAGCAUGACACUCCUCGUGCUAGUCUUCGUACUCCCCGAAACUCUGCGUUCGAAGACGCUCGCCGCUGCUUCCCUUCCUGCUUCUACUCCCGAGAAGCGACCAACCGGAAAUCUCAAACGCGUCUCAACUACACAGUCUGUUGCCGAGAAGUCCAAAUCUGUAGCCUCCCACCUCCGCCGCAUCUUCGUCGAUCCCUUCUCCAUCCUACUCUACCUCCGUUUCCUUCCUGUCGCCCUCACAGUGUACUACGCCUCCAUCACUUUCGCCUUCCUCUACUUUCUCAACAUCUCCAUCCAAAAGACAUUCUCAUCCGCUCCCUACAAUUAUUCCACCCUUAUCGUCGGCCUUCUUUAUAUCCCCAGCUCCGUCGGAUAUAUGCUCGCAUCUCUCUUAGGUGGAGUCUGGAUUGACCGCAUCAUGCACCGAGAAGCGCGAAAAGCCGGCCGCUACGACGACAAAGGCAAACUAAUCUUCCGCCCUGAAGACCGGAUGCGUGAAAACGCGUGGAUAGCAGCCUUUCUCUGGCCCGCGGCUCUCAUCUGGUACGGCUGGACCACCGAGAACGGCGUCAUUUGGAUAGUGCCUAUGGUCGCUAACUUCUUCUUCGGCAUCGGAUCCAUGCUCAUUACGUCUGUCAGCACCACCAUGUUGACCGAGUUUAUGCCGAGUAAAGGCUCGGCGGGGAUGGCUAUUAAUAACUUCUGUAGGAAUUUGUGUGUAUUUGGGGCUACGAUUGCAGCGGAUCCGGCGAUUGAUGCCAUUGGGAAUGGCUGGUUGUUUACGAUAUUGGGGUUGUGGGCUUUGUCGACGGGUGGGUUGGUGCUGGUGGCUAUGAACAGGCGUUCGGGGAGGUGGAGGGAGGAGAUGGUUGAGGCGUUGGGGGAAUAG